AAUGAUAUUCUUGUAUCCGAAUAUCCAACAAUGUUAAUAGAGCGAGCUAGGCUAACCGGUCAGGCUUCAUGGAGCUACAGCAGUUUAUCGAGCAGCUGGAUCUGUUUGCGUUUAUCACUCUUUAUCUUCAGGUUUAUUAACCAAGGAUCGGUUUAGUCUGUCUAUGACUUACAUUUGUCUCACGCCAGGUGCCAUCAUGUCAAAGCAAACGCUGGGGAAGACGCUGCUGAGGAAUGUAAUCCGCCACACUGAUGCCCACAACAAGAUCCAGGAGGAGAUGGAGAUGUGGAAAAUGCGGGGCUGGCAGGUCCAGACGCCCCACCGCAAACAUUUGUCAGACACAAAGAGUGUGAGAGGCCAGAAUAUGCACUGUGAUCGAGUGCCGGAUCAUUCUAGAGACAUGAGUCGAAGCAGAGAGCGAGUCUCGGAACAUGAUGACAGAGAGGCUCGAUACUGGAGUCGCAAACUGUAUGAAUUUGAGGCCAAGGAUCCUGACAGGUGGGGACACAGCGGCUUCAAGGAGCUUUAUCCAGAGGAGUUUGAAAGCGAUAGUGAAAAAAGCAGUGCCAAAAAGAAGAUGGGCCGCCACAAAAGGAAAAAGUCCAAGUCUGACACAGAGACAAGCUUAUCAAAACGGUCCAAAAAGUCCUCUCGAAAAAAGAAAAAGAAGAAGAAGAAGAAGGAUGAGCAGGAGAAGCGUAAGAAAGCAGAGUCCUCGAGCAGCGACAGCAGCAGCGAUGACAGCAGCAGCGAUGACAGCAGCGCUACCAAAGAGAAGCAGCGGAAGAAAAGGACGAAGAGUCGACAUAAAAACAAGAAAACGGCAAAAACCAGAGGGAGAGAUGAGGAGAGCAGCUCAGGCGACAGUAACGAUGAAGGAGAAAGGGUGAGACGGACUGAAAGGCACAAAAAGCGAAAACAGGAUGCCCACAAAGACUCUGACUCCGGGCCCAACUCAAAAAAGAGCAGGAAAAACUGGCAAGCAGCAGGUGAAAAGAGUGCGGAUGGUAGUUCUGGAGACUGAUUCAGAGACACGGACAGCUCAGGUAACAACGAAGAAAACUACUGCAGAUUCCUUUGUUUGCCUUAACUUCACAGAGGGCUCUUCUCCAAGGGGCCGUUCUGUAUUGUACUUUGUUAGACGUCAACUAAACCUGUGCUGUCGGCCAUCUCUGUGGGCGCUCUGUGUAGUAAUACCUCAUCCACCUCUGCAGUGGCUUGAAGCACACUGUGCAGCAGUAUGAAGAAGGAAGGUGGGAUAUCCACCACCUGCCUCAUUAAGAAUUCUGUCGGCUGCAGGCCCAUUGAUUGAUCAUUGAGUCUCGCCUCAGACUGUCUGCCUCACAAAGAGACUUGUCCUGAAUUGGCCACUGUUUUUAAAAAAAAAAAAUUCUUUAACAUACAUUUUAUUUAAGAAACAAUGAAAAUCAUGCAACUUUCCUCACCAGUUGCUGGACCAGGUAGAAUGUGGAAUUUGCUUUUAUUAAUGUUUUUUAGUUUUGUACAUUUUGAUAUUUGUAUGCAGCCUUGUGGAUGAAAAAUAAACAUCUAUUUUGCUGGUUUUAAAAAA